GAAAAAAAAAUCAAAAAGCGAAAAAAAAAAAAAAGAAAAGAAGAAGAAAAGCGUGACGAUACUCCUUCAACACACUCUCACAUUUCCACUAUAAAAAUGUCUCACUUUUGCCACUUUUUGCACACCCAAACUGAAGCAGCACCCCUUAGCCACAGCCAAAGUUAAGUUAAAUACAAGCUUUUUUUUUUAAUUAAUUUAAAAAAAGAAAAACAAAUGGAUAACUUCUCCGGCCAGCCGGAAAACUCUGAGGAACUGAUAUUUGGGUUCACCGAGGAACUCAUGGGGGAAGGUUCAUGGAGCAGCUCUUCUAGUACUACUUCUGUUGAAAUUGAUGACGGAGCAAUAACUGAUGAGGAAAAUGAAAACGAUGAAAAUUCAACCAAUGCCGAGGAGGAAUCUAAGGCGUUUUGGGAAUCUCAAGAGGAUCUUCUUACGACAACGCUGUUUCGGACUACUUCAAUGGAGUCAAAGAUCAGGCAGGCAACUAAAGAUGCAAUGAAAGAGAUGAAUUUGGGCGGUUUCAUUUGUUGUGUUUGUGACAAGAAGAAAAUUGAGGGUACCAAGAGUUGCCAGGAUUGUUUGCACAGAGAAAUCUCCGGUCGCCUAAGAAUGGAAGGGUACAAUUGUAAUAUCCGCAAGUCCAAGUGGAGGAACUCAUCUGAUAUUCCAUCAGGAGAUCACACAUACUUGGAAGUAGUGCAAAACACAUCAAGUGGUAAAGGAGCGAUGAAGAUAAUCAUAGAGCCAAAUUUUAAGGCACAAUUCGAGAUGGCUAGGGCAAGUGAGGAAUACAAGCGAUUGAUCAACAAAUUGCCGGAAGUUUUUGUGGGGAAAUUUUGUAGGCUCCAAAAUUCAGUGAAGAUAUUAUGUGCAGCUUUGAAGAAAAGCAUGAAGGAGAACAAAAUGCAUAUGGCCCCAUGGAGGAAGCACAAGUACAUGCUGGCCAAAUGGCAAGGAUCACCUGAUAAUUAUUGUUAUGAACAAUAUCAACUGAAAAUGACACCAAAUAUGUCACCAGUUAUUAGCCAUUUAGGCAGGUCCACAACAAGGCCUAGAGCAUCGCUGCUUACCUUUGAUUUGUUAGAUACUUUGAGAGUUAUCCCAUCAUCCACAAUGAUCAAAGUGGGAUGAUUUUUUGAGGAGAUGCUGCAAAUUUUAGGUUUUUAGUUAGUUUCGACCAGUUUUGUUAUCGACCCGAGUUAAUUUCGAUUUUGGAUUGUCUAAGUUUGAUCUUGAUCUUCACUUCUUCACAUAAAAAAUAAAAAUUUAAAAAGUAGUCUAAAGAAGUUUGAGAUUCUCUUUUUAUGAACGUCUCCACAAAAAGUCGCAUCGUCUAAGUUUGAUUUUUUGAACAAUCUAAGGUUUUUUCGUUUACG